AUGGCUGAAGGUACUACAGGAUCAUAUGUAACUAUGUCACUAGAUGAGGACAAGAGAAUUGUGGUUCAUUCCCACAUUCCUAUGCCUUCCCCUGGCACAGCAAAUGCACCUUGGUUUGACAGCAGAGAUGCUACCCUGUUUAUUGAAAGGUUUUAUCAGAUGUGCAAGGAUCAUGGGGUAAUUGACCCUAAAAACAUUAUUGAACAGUUGGCUAGGUACUGUGUUACAUGGAUUGGAGAAUGGAUGAAGAUCUUGGAAGGCUAUAAAGAAGAUAAUUGGGAAGUAUUCUCCAAAGAGAUUAUUCAUGAAUUUUGUGAUCAAGACAUCACUUACAAGAUUCACCAUCAGGAUUACCUCUGGGCAAUUACAAAGAAACUGUGUGCUUGGGAUGGCAACAUUCGCGCCUAUGUUCAAGAAUACACUACUAUUGCCAGUACAGUUCAAGCAAAUGGAAGGCUUGAUGAAUUCACUAAGGUGUCUUGGUUUCUUCAAGAGCUACCUGAGAAGCUCCAGAAUAAGGUUAUUGACAAGGUCAAGCUCAAUCUUUCAGAUGAUAUGUCACCUAUUGAUUUUAGGAAAGUUGUUCAGGUGACCAUGGAUUUGAUCAACCAGUAUGAAGGGAAUAAGAAGGUUUUUGAAGAAGAUGAAAUGAAACAAAAGAAAAUGGAGAAGCUUGAAUCCAAAUUAAAAGUCAAAGCCAAGAGCUCUGACAGCACCAAUAUUGAAGCUGCUAUUGAAAAGAUGACCAACAAGUUCACAAAUUUGGCAUUGGCCAUGAGAGUACAAUCAAAUCAGAUACAAGGGAAUUCCAAUCAGUAUUAUAUGCUGCAGAGAGAAGGACCUCUGAAACCUAUACCAAAUUAUCCAACAAAUGUGACUGUUAAUCCUACAACUGUACAAGAGAAUACUCAACUGCCAGUCAACCCCUAUUUGGCUUGA